AUGGGUCUGCAGCCGUCCCACGAGUUUGAGACCGUACCAUUCGCAGCCGAUGACGACUUCGAAUGGGACGAACGAGAAUCUCUCUGGACACUUAGUGACCCUGGCGGCAGAUCAAUGAAUUUCGAUCUUGAUGCUGAGAUCCCAAAGCUGACUGACGGGAUGGCGACACUCACAGCGAACGACACAAAUACUGGCUUCCUUGGAUCCGUCUCAGGAGCUUCGCUAUUGCGCUUGAUUUCCAGCGGAAGCCAAGGCAAUUCCUCGCAGUCGUCUAGGAUCAAGCAGGAACAGCGAGACGAGUCGAUGCCUGAUAUAAUGAACGCCAACUACAACCCUGGACCCUCACUCAAAGCACAGCCGCUACUUACACGACAGUUCGUCGAUGGACUCAUCAAUGCAUACUUCAGCCACUAUCAUCCUACCUUCCCGAUCUUGCACGAGCCCACUUUCCGCGAGCAGUACCAGAACCUUGCCAACAGACCCAAAGGCACGUGGCAUGUACUGGCCAAUCUCGUCGCUGCGAUGGGAUCUUUUGUGUCAAGUCCGUGCAACGACGAUACCCACAUCACAUUGUUUAACGUCGUCAAGAACUCGUUGAGCAUUGAAUCGCUCGAAGCAGGCAGUCUCGGUCUUGUACAGGCCUUCGCAAUGGCCGCCAACUACUUACAGAAACGCAAUCGACCCAACAGUGGAUACAACUAUGGGGGGCUAGCACUCCGUCUGGCCAUUUCGUUGGGGCUUCACAAAGAAGUCCACGGCUGGCAGACCACACCAUUGAAGAAGGAGAUUCGCCGGCGUGUCUGGUGGUCACUCUGCGUGCUCGACGUCGGUGCAACAGUCACAUAUGGUCGGCCACUCAACUGGCCAAGAGUAGGCGUCGACACUCCGUUCCCGCUGAACAUUCAAGAAAGCAGCCUGACCGCGCAGUCCACCACAUUGCCUAUCGAGAUCAAUGAAGCUACGUAUUACACUUACGUCAACACACAAUCACAGUAUCAUCUCCGGACUAUGCGCAUAUAUGAUCGUCUGAUAUCAAGUCCGAUUCCGACUGCUGACGAGCUAAUUGCCCUCGAUGACGACUGCAUCGAAGGCUGGCGCACAAGCUUACCUCCGUACUACUGCGACGAGGACCUCAACCUUCCUGAAGAGAAUCUUUUGGGUCACUCGCUUGGCCGCUUCCGAUACCGAGUCAUGCGUGUAGUCAUGUAUAGACCGUUCCUCCUGCGCUGGGCCCAGCAUGACUUCCCGCCACUGGAGAAGGGCAAUAGCAGCGCAAGUCAGCGAGCACCAGGAGCAAGCAGAUUUACAGAAGCCGAGAAUGUUGCCACGAAGCGCUGCCUCCGAGCUGCGGAGGAAUGCAUAUCAGCACUGUUCCGGUUCUGGACCAAGGCGACGCACACCCGCCUCGCCGCCUGGUAUGUCCUAUACUUCCUGCUGCAAGCUGCCCUCAUACCGAUACACUGCCUUCGUCGGAACCCUUCUCAUCCCUCGGCAUCGUCGUGGCGCGCCCAGGUACUUACUGCUCUCAAUGUCAUUACUGCCAUGAACAACAUCAAUCCUUCAGCACAGAAAUGCCGAGAUAUAUUCUAUCGUCUGUGUGGAGAUAGUCUUCCAAGUCCCCAGGAUGAUGGCAACGCGAAUGGUGUCGGAACUAACGGCGACGACUCGUACGACUUUGCGGCAUUCGGUGUCAGUCCUCCUACGCAGAUGCGUGAACCUCAAUCUGCCACAUCUGGCACAUGGAAUGGACGCUUCAGCACGCGAGCAGAUAGCGCUAGCUCCGGCAUAGCGCCCGAGCAGCUGGAGCAUCAUCAACACCAUGCACGGUCUCAACGUCCUCAACGCCCGCCAAUGCCGCCACCGCUAGCGAGUACAGAUCCUUGGAUGACAGAAAUUGAUACUGCCAUUGAUGGCUAUGAUGUCUACGUCGAUCGCCUGACCGCUGCUGCUGGAGUCUCGAAUGGAUUGAACAUGCAAGCAGGUGAGGGCGAUGACCCAGGUAUGAUGUCGCAGGGAUGGCCUCAGCAGCAUUACAUGCACCAACAACAGUCAAGUGCAGAUGGCGGGACUGCUGGACAGAUGAAUUCAGGAAGCGAUAGCCUGUACAACAAUCCGAUCGUUGGCUUGGGCAUGGGCAUGCCAACGGUAGGCUCGAAUGGCAUGUGGGGAACAGACAUGGAAAAUGGUGCACAAGAUUGGGACUGGGGACUGAUGCUUGCUGGCGGACAUUGA